CGGGCCAUGGAUUGGCUGUACAUCGCGCUGGAGCUGCUGAUCGCGCUGCUGGCCACGCUGGGCAACGUGCUGGUCUGCUGGGCGGUGGCCCUGAACAGCACGCUCAAGACGGCCACCAACUACUUUCUGGUCUCGCUGGCCGUGGCCGACAUCGCCGUGGGGCUGCUGGCCAUCCCCUUCGCCGUGACCAUCAGCGUGGGCCUGGAGACGGACUUCCACUGCUGCCUCUUCCUGGCCUGCUUCGUGCUGGUCCUGACCCAGAGCUCCAUCUUCAGCCUGCUGGCCGUGGCCGUCGACCGCUACGUGGCCAUCAAGAUCCCGCUUAGGUACAAGAGCCUCGUGACGGGCAAGCGAGCCCGGGGGCUCAUCGCGGUCCUCUGGAUCCUCUCGUUCGGCAUCGGCCUGACGCCACUGAUGGGUUGGAACAGCUGGAAGGCGGGCAAGAACUGCGCCAACAAGACGGGGACCCCCGACGGGGGGAGGCGGGCCUACUGCCGGGUGGAAUGCCUCUUUGAGAACGUGGUGCCCAUGAGUUACAUGGUCUACUUCAAUUUCUUUGGCUGCGUCCUCCUCCCCCUCCUCAUCAUGCUGGGCAUCUACGUCAAGAUCUUCACAGUGGCCUGCAAACAGCUGCGGCAGAUAGAGCUGGUGGGGAACUGCCGGGCGACCCUGCAGAGGGAGGUCAGCGCGGCCAAGUCCCUGGCCAUCAUCGUGGGCCUCUUUGCCCUCUGCUGGUUGCCCCUCCACAUCCUCAACUGCCUCAACCUGUUUUACCCGGGGUUCACCGACAGCAGGCCCCCCUGGAUCAUGAACUUGACCAUCAUCCUGUCCCACACCAACUCGGUGGUCAAUCCCGUCAUUUACGCCUAUCGCAUCCAGGACUUCCGGUACACCUUCCGGAAGAUCCUGUCCCGCUACGUCUUCUGCAAGGCCGAGGACUUCCCCAAGCACCCCAAAGGGAGCAAGGGAGGCGGCAGCCGCCACCUGGCCAGCAACCACCUUAGCGCUUCUCCCACCUGCGGUUGAGGCCGCCCC